AUGGCAAGUACUGACAUUUUCCUGGGCCUGGCAGAAGCUGAUGUCAACAAGGCAGUGGCGUGGCUGGAAGACGCGCGCCACAUGCCGGCGUCCAGUGGUUUUUCGCCAACGCAAUGGCUGUGGCAUUGGCUUUCGUCUACGCCAGCCUUUGCGCCUGUAACGGAAGCUGCGGAAAAGAUGGACACCGUCUUUGGCUUUAGCUCUGGCGAUUGGGCUUUUCAUUGGAUCGAAGAGAUGGAAAAGGCUACCCUGAACCCAGGUUCAGCAGCUUCCCAGGCCGCGCCGGCGCAGACUGCUUUGGACAGCAAGUGGCCGCAUUUUCCUAAUGGCCACCGCUCCCUGGGAUUGGCACCGGCAGACCUUCUCCGUGCUCAUGCGUGGUUGGAGGAAGCCGCUUCUUUCAAUGGUGCCGGUGGCUGGGAAGAAGACGAUUGGCUUCGCUAUUGGAUGGAGCAGGAUCCGGUCUUUGAGACUUUGCUUCAGCGCGCUAAGGAGGCUGACCAUGGCUGGAAUAUUGGUCAAUGGCUUUGGCUUUGGGUGUCGCAAGCCGACCGACCUCAGCCACCGCCGGCGCCUCCUUUGGACACCGCGCCGCCUCUGGCUACCGGCAUUGGGCCGGACGCUUUCCCGCUCAGCCAGCGCAAUGAGACGGUUAUCGUCCGGCAGAUUUACUGCCGUCUGGCUGUGGACGCUCCACACAUUCUUCCAGGUUCUAUGGCCGACCCAGGGAGCGACAAUGGGCGAGGCCUUCUCGUGCCGCCGACUCCCUCAGACAAGCUCUCAGUUCUUUGGGAAUCCUUGAACCUUGAUUUCCCGGAAGAGGUUGCCUCCCAUUCGGAGUUGAACCGCACCAUUCGCAAUUUUGGGUUCUUGGCUACCUCCUUUGAUCAGUUGGAUCAGUGGUUGGAGUCACACGGUCUCCUGGACUUUGGCUCCGGGACACAUGCGGACCUUCGGUGUCUUUGGCACAGGUCACAUGCCUUGGCUUGCUCUGAGGGCCACACAGCAGCCGUGCCCUUUCCGCCGCAAUCCCCUGCUCUGCCCUUGCCGCAGGACCAGUCCUUCAGCUCGGCUUCAGACCCUAGCCGCACCGUGUCUGCUGCCGCGUCAUGGAACGAGCCCUUCCCAGCUAAGCUCUCUUCAGACAAAACGGCCGAGCUUCGAGCCGCUUUUCUGCGGAAAUACCCUAGCGAGGUUUUGGACGACUCCACCAUGCCUUCGGCUCGUCUCGUCCCAAGAAUGGCGACUGAGUUGGCAGACCUCAUUUUGGAUGAUGUCCCUUCUCGGAACCUCCCGGACACACUGGGCAUGUUUGCAUUGAGCAAGAUUUUGCACCUGCACAGUGUGGCGAUGGCCAUGGUCACUGAUGUGCAUUUAGUGACGCUUAAGAAGUACGAGUCCACUUUCCUCCGCUUUGCUUCGGCUCGCUUUGACAGUAGCAGUGGCCUUCGCCCACCCAAUGCAUUGGAAUGUGAGCAAGCAGAUCGUCGAUUCUGGGAGGCCGUGUCCGAACUCCGUUUGCAAGGUUGGUCUUUGGACGACUGCAUCCAUGAGAACACAGCCGUCCGCAGCGAGCUGGCCUCUCUUUUGGCGCCGCGCGUUUUCCUGCCCAAGGCCAUGCGCCGCCCAGAGGGCAAAGGAGCAGGUGGAGGAAAGGGCAAUGGCUCCGGUGCUGGCUUUGGCAACGGACGAGGACGCGGCAAAGGCAAGGGGGAUGGACGAGGUCGUGGGAGUGGCCUUGGCACCGGUCGUGGGGGAUCCGGUCUGGGCAACCAAGGCAACUCCGCGGGGACCUCCACAAAUCGCCAGGAGUGGGCAUCCUCCGCAAAAAUUAACGGAGAAGUCAAGACCCUUUGCAUGCGCUGGAGUCAGCGCACAGGGGGACCGGACCCGUCUUUCGAGCAGGCAGCUGGGUCCGGUCUGCCUUUGUCCGUGCCUGCCAUUUUGCCUUUGUCCUCCCAGAUCUCUCCAACUCCGACAAUUGCUGCUCAGGCAAAGCAGGCACCCGAGCCUCUGAUGCCCAUUUUUCCUCACACGGGGGCUUUGGCUUUGUCUGUUUCUGACUCGCCAUCCCCAAGAAGCCACACAGAUCCUGAUGUGGAUUUUUCAGCCCCAGACAGCCUCGAUCCAACGCUAUCUUCUGCGCCGGUCUCCACAGAGUCCAUGCCAGGGCCUUUUCCUCCGGCCUCCUCGCGGGUCACCUCCGCCCUACAGUCAGUUCGGGAUUUCAAGCAACCCUUCUUCCUGGACAUUUGCGCGGGAGCGGGUUCGCCACUCAGCUCAGCAUUCUUGGAGAAGGGAGCACCUUGUUUGUCUAUUGACAUUCUCAUUGACACAAACAUGGAUCUUCUCCAGGACGACUUCUUUGAGCAUUUGCUGCGCAUUUGCACGUCCCGGCAGAAUGGUCUUCCCGAUUUGUCGGCAUCGCAGGCUCUUAGGGUCCAGGAGAGCCACCUUGUCUUUGUGCGUUGCGUUCAGCUGCUGCAUGUCAGCUUCUCUUGCGGCGCGCAAGUGUCGCUCGAGCAGCCCCCUAACAGCAUGGCCUGGAUGGAGCCGAUUGCGACCAAUUUCUUGGCAGCCAUCAGUGCGGAUCUGGUCCAUGUGGCCGCUUGCUCCGUCGAUCUUGACAUGCACAAAGCCUGGCUUUUCGCCACCUUCUGCGGAGUACCCCCCCUUUUAGCAGACAUGUAUGCGGAGCAAGCUCUGCCCCUCUUCGACGUGGAUCAAGGGGGUGGUACGGCCCUUUCUUUCGCCUCGGUGCCUUUGCUUUCCAAGCCUAAGGCCCUUCACGAGGCUCCCGUGGCCUCACAGGAUGGGGCCGGUAUCCUCUCCACGCCAGACUGGAGCGCUCCACCCUCGGGAGCCACAGAUGUGUUUGCGCGCCUUAGGCCUAAGCUGAUGGCCUUUCUUCUUCAGGGUCGUUUCCCACAACGUUUGCGCACUUUGGUUUUGGGGGGAUCCGCGGAACCCCUUUUCUCCAGCUCAGAGAUAGCCGAUCUGCGUGGCAUCUUCCAGGACUGGCUCUCCGCGCAUUUCCCUGCCAUUUCCGUCUCCUGGGAAAUCUCCGCAGGGCAACCAUACUGCCUCCAGGUGCUGGCAGCUGUCUCACGCAUUUGCCAAGAUCGAGACUCAUCCUUGUUCACCUGUCUGGAACAGGGUGUUCCUACUGGCUUUGACGGGGACAUUCCGUUGUCCAAUGUCUUCCUGCCACAAGGUGGCGGCCAUCCUUUCGAGCAAUCACUUGGCAUUUGUCAUGGUAAUUGGUCCAGCGCUGAGGCGGAUCUUCCAACCUUGCAUGCCUUAGUGGAAGAGGAGAUUUCCAAUGGCUGGUUCUUGGAGCUAGAUUCUUUGGAAGCGGCUCAAGAGCGUUUUGGCGACAAGCUGGCCAUUGGAAAGAUGUCCAUCGUCAAAGCUGAAGGCAAAAAGCCCCGUCUUGUGGUUGAUUCCACUGUCUGUGGCACUAAUCCGUCUUGCUCAAUCCCCGAAACGUACACACUCCCGGGCAUUGACGAUGUUAGGGAUUCUUUCCCUUUGCGGUGUCACUCUGGCCUCUGCGCGGGGUUUGCUUUUGACAUCAAGUCCGCUCACAAAACGGUUCGAGUUCGCGAUUCGGAUCAGGGGCUGCUCGGGGUCCUGGCCGUCGUUGGCUUUUACCGCGUUUGUCCUUUCGGAGCGAACUUCUCGGCCCUCUGGUUCCAGCGACUGGAAAGCUUUUUCCUUCGCACUCUUCACCUUUGGACCUGGCUCCGACACGCCCUACUGGGCUACGUGGACGAUUUUAUCCUGUUUCAGGACCAGGAGGUCAUCGGCCUUACAGCGUGCAUGACAUUGGCUUUUUGUGCCUUGUUCAACAUACCCCUGUCCAAUGCCAAGUUACAGCUUGGCAGCUGUAUCCACUGGAUAGGCUGGCAUUUUUCUUUCGGCUCUGGCACUUUCUCCAUUCCGAUUGACAAAGUCCAGAAGCUAAAGCGCCUGCUGCAGGAAGCCUUACAAUGUCGCCAUGUUUCGAAACGGACCCUGGACAAGGUCACCGGGUUGUUGCAGUGGUUUUGCAAGCUAUAUAAGCAUUUUAAGCCCUGGCUGCAAACCCUGUACGCUGAUGCGAACCGUCCAUUGGCCACCAACUACAGCAUUGACCCUGGCGAUUGGCCCGGCUUGGCCAUUUGCGUUAACGAGGGUCUUGUCUUCACUUCCACGCCGCCGGGAACGAGCAUCCCGACGGGCGCGAAGCUCAUUGAAGCCAGGCACUUGGCCCUGCAGUCUAAGAAAGACCUUGCCAAAAUUCCCACCUCCAAGCGCAUUUGGAUGAGAGUGACGGACCCCUCCACCACUCGCCGCAAGCUUUCAGUUUCUAGCCGUGAGAGCCUUCAGUUCUGGCUUAAGUGGUGCGAGGUUCCACCCCUUUUUUUUCCUUUGCAGAAACCUGCGGACGUUCCCAUUGUCUGCGCUGCUGCCGACGCCCGCGCGGAUGGGGACCUUGUCGGGAUAGGGGGUUUUAUCGAAUGGCCUUCACGCCAAAUUUCGUGGUUCAGCCAGUCAUGGCGUGUCCCAGACCUUUCUUCACUGGGUGUGCCUUUGCAGGUGCCAGCUCACCAGGACAUCACAUGUUACGAGACAUUGGCACAGCUUGGCCUCAUUCUUUGUCUCCAUUCCGUGGUGCCCUUGGCACGCUGGACAGUCCGUCUCCGCACUUUGUCCGACAACACAGGCGCAGAGGCAGGCAUCAAUAAGCUCUACAGCUCGGCUUUUCCUUUGUCGGUGUUUCUGAAACGCCUGUCCAUGUUGGCGUGCUUGACUGGCAUUGAGCUUGACGUCUUCCACGUACCCGGCGAAAAGAAUGACGAUGCGGACCUGCUCUCCCGCUGGAGUGAUGAGUCCCAGCCCUUGCCUGCCAAGUUUCUUCCGGACUUUCGUGUGGAUUGCAGCCUGGCACGCAUCUGGCACUUUCGUUCCGAUGUGCGUCUUUGGCCUCCAGAUGCCAAACUCAAAUGGCAACCGCCGUAA